AUGGACGCUGCAUUCAUUUGGAAUUUAUCUAAACUUGGACGUAUUGGAUCAAGACGUUUACAAUUUGAUGAUGAUUUUGCUGAUCGUUUAAAUUAUCAAUAUACAAGUGUAUUAUUAUUUUUAUUUAUUGGUCUAAUUGGUGUACGUCAAUAUGUUGGGAAACCUAUUCAAUGUUGGAUUCCACAAGAAUUUACAAGAGGAUGGGAAGAAUAUGCUGAAAAUUAUUGUUGGGUAGCCAAUACAUAUUUUGCCCCAGUUGAAAAUCGUUUACCACCAAUACCAGAUAGACGUGAAUCAUUAUUAGUUUAUUAUCAAUGGGCACCAAUUGUAAUGGCUGCACAAGCAUUAUUAUUUUAUUUACCAUGUUUAUUAUGGCGUUUAGGUAUGGCACAUUCUGGUUUUAAUUUACAUCGUAUAUUACAAAUGGCUGCUGAAGCUAAUGAAAUUUUACCAGAAGCAACAGCUAAAACUGUACGUAUAUUGUCAUAUUAUAUGAAAAGUUGUAUACAACGACAAAGAUUAUAUAAAUAUACUAAUCAAUAUAAAGAUAUUGAACUUGACAACCAAUUUGAUAAUGAAACUAUCCAUGAAGGGGAACAGUUUUUACAUACAUGUAUAUUAGAUAAUAAAGAUCAAACAUUUAAAAAUCUGAAUACCAAUCUGGUCUAUACAUCAAAUCAUAUUUGUCCAAAUGAAUUGAUUAAAGGAGAAAAUUCAUUUCAUAUUAUAUCAAAAACAUUUAAUGAUAAAACAAUGAGUAUGGUAAAAUUAUCAAAUGAAGAAAGAAUUUGUAAUGAAACUAUAGAACCAUCUAUGAGUUCGAAUUCAUCAUCAGAAAAUUUACGUAAAGGACGUGGACGUAAACCAGCUCCACCACCACCGCCAUCAAAAUUGAAAAACACUUCUAUCCAUUCAAUACAUGAUCAUCAAAGAUCCCAAUUAGAAGAACAAAAUAUUAAAUCUUCAGAAAAUAUUAAUAAUUUUCAAGAAAGUAGAAAGAUAUCAACUUGUAAAGUUGUAACAGAAAAUGGAGAAUUAAAUCAGACGAUUAAAAAUCUUCAUAAAACAGACAAGAAAUUACCCCUUUUCACUUAUUUCAAAUGUCAUUUAUUAUGGUGUGGUAAACAACAUGGAAAUUACUUGGUUACACUUUAUAUGUUUGUUAAAUUUAGUUAUUUAUCUAAUGUGAUUGGACAAAUUUAUUUAAUGCAAUAUUUUAUUGGUACAAAAUAUACAUUAUAUGGUGCACAAGUAUUAAUUGAUUUAAUUAAAGGACAAGAAUGGCAUCAUUCAGGACAUUUUCCAAGGGUUACAUUUUGUGAUUUAGAAGCUAAAAAAUUAGGUAAAAAUCAUGUCUAUACCUUACAAUGUGUGUUACCCUUAAAUAUGUUUUUAGAAAAAAUUUAUAUCUUUUUAUGGUUUUGGCAUGUAUUAAUUGCAUUCAUUAAUUUAAUUAGUUUUAUUUUAUGGAUUUAUCGAUUAUUUUAUCAAAAAUCAAAAAUUAAAUUUAUUACAAAUUAUUUAAAAAUUUUAAAUUUAAUCCCUAGCAACAAUAAUAACACCACUCACAAUAACACCCAUAGCAACAAUCAAAAAGAAAUAAAAAUAAAAAAUAAAAUUAAUCAAUUUAUUGAUUAUUAUUUAGGUUUAGAUAGUUUAUUUAUUAUUUAUUUAAUUACAUCAAAUUGUGGUUUAUUAUUAGCUAGUGAAUUAACAGCUGAUUUAUGGAAAAAUUAUGAAUAUUUAUUAAAUGAAAAAAUCAAUAAUAAUCAAAAUCAUAAAAUUAAAAAAAAAUUUUUUCUCAAUAAAAAUCAAAAAAAUAAUCAAUUAUUCAAUAAAUCAAUAAAUUCAAUUAAUAAAAUAGAUAAUAAUAAUAAUAAUAAUAAUAAUAAUAAUGAUAAUAUAAUAAUCAAUCAUAUUUAUAAAGAGUCAUCGAUACAACCAUUAGAUAAAUCAAUAACAUCUAAUAAUAUAAUUAAUGAUUCUAUAUUAUAUAAUUGUUCACCAAUUACAACCAUUAAACCUAUACCCAACAAUAAUAAUAAUAAAAUAAAAUCAAUACAAACAUAUCGAUCACAUAUUGAACGAUUAGGUAAUUCAUCAGAUGAUAUUGUUUAAAAGGAAAAAAAGAAACCUAAAAAACAAUUAUAUAAUUCAUUCCAAAAAAUAAACAAAAAGAAAAAAAAAUGAUUUUAUUGCCAUGACAACUAUAUUUUUAAAAAAAAAGAAAAAAAUGUGACCAUUUCAUGAUUAGACUAUAUUGUUAGUUUGUUGAAAGAUAACAAUUCUUUCUUCCUUUUUUGUUUUGUUUUGUGAGGUUUAGUACAUUAAUUAUUCUGAUGAUGACUUGACAAUUAAUCUGCCUAAUUUUUUUAAUAGUGGGAUUAUAUAUAUAUAUACUUACUUACCUACUUACGCCUGUUACUCCUCGUGGAGGAGCAUAGACCACUCACCGGAUUAUAUAUAUACACAUAUUAUCUAAUCUGUUCAGUUUUAUUUAAACAAAGAAUAUAACAGAUAUGUUUGAAAAUGAGAAUCUUGAUUUUUUUAAAAAAUAUUCAUUUUAAUUAACCAAUACUACUUACUAUUAAUACUACUAAUUAUUAGCUUUAUUAAACAACAUGUUAGAUUGUUAACAUUUAAUAAAG